UUAAACCAAAGGCAGUAAACUUUCAGAUCUCGUUGAGUUAAGAAGUGUGUAAAGAAAUAUAAAUACAAAGAUGUCUUCAAAUCGUGCAGAAAAGUCUGGACUUGCUGCUGAAGCUCAAGCUAAAAUGAAUUCCAAAUACAGUGAAGAAUUAGCUCAAGAAGCUUUGGAAUGGAUUAAAACAAUCACCGAAGAAGAUAUCAAUACUUCUGGUGAAGCUGAAAAUUUCUUUGAAGUUCUCAAAGAUGGAGUUCUGCUGUGUAAGCUUGUCAAUUGUCUAGAAGCUAAUUCGGUAAAGAAAAUCAACACUAGUAAAAUGGCUUUUAAGUGUAUGGAAAAUAUAACGAAUUUUCUAACUAGUGCCACGAAGUUUGGUGUUAAUAGUCAGGAGUUGUUUCAAAGUGUUGACUUGUGGGAAAGGCAGAAUUUGAGUACAGUUGUAACGUGUUUGCAAUCGUUGGGUAGAAAAGCACAAAAAUUCGGGAAGCCUUCGAUUGGACCAGUUGAAGCGACUAAGAAUGUUCGCACUUUUACCGAGGAGCAGUUGCGAGCUGGAGAUGGUAUAAUAUCGUUGCAGUAUGGAUCGAAUCAGGGAGCAACCCAGAGUGGAAUGAAUAUUGGAAAUUCGAGACAUUUGUAG